AUGCUCUGCAUCUGGUUGAGCGUACACGGCGUCGAAUACUGGCAGCUGCUCGCUCAAGGAUGUGCAGUGACCGCAGACGUCUACAUUGAGGAACUGAAGAAUUUGAAGACAAAUCUCGAAAAUGCACGCCCGCAGCAGCGCGAAGUCUACUUCCAGCACGACAACGCUCGGUCGAACAUUGCAAGAACGACCAAAGCCAAACUGAUGAAAUUCGGUUGCACCAUUUUACCACACCAACCGCAUUCCCCAGACCUGGCUCCCUUGGAUUACCACCUUUUUUCCUAUCUCCAACGUCAUUUGGAUGGUCAAGACUUCCAAACCCGCGACGACAUCAAAAAGGCACUUGAGCAGUUCUUCAAGAAGCAGUUCCCAGCGUUCUGGAGCAGGGGCAUCUACGAUCUGCCUAAACGUUGGCAGAAGACCAUCGAUGCCAAUGGGGCAUACUUCGGAUGA